AUGAAUUCCGCCCUUUCUGCGUGUUUGUUACUUGCUGCUCUUUGUGCUCUUGCCCAUUGCCAUCACUUUCCUCAUCACCCCACCUGCGAGGAUGACCAUAAAGAUACAAAUCACACGGAAGAGCAUGCACUGCUGAGCCAGGCCUGUGUCAAACAAGGUACUAGCUAUGCGGACUUUACAUUUAGAUUCUAUAAGCAGGCUAUAUUAGCAGAAGCAGACAAGAAUGUGUUCUUCUCUCCCGUGAGCAUUGCCACUGCCUUUGCAAUGCUGGCAAUGGGUGCUAAAUCGGCCACUCGGACUCAGAUUUUUGAAGGAAUGGGCUUUAGCCUGACAGAGAUUCAGGAGGAGGAGAUACAUGAAAGUUUCCAUCAUCACAUCCACAUGAUGAAUUGUCCUAACAAUAAGAUCCAGACAAGUAUGGGAAAUGCCCUUUUCAUAGCGAACGAGUUUAAAGCACUAGAGAAGUUUUUACAAGACGUCAAAACCUUUUAUGAAACAGAAUAUUUUCCUACUGAUUUCCAUAAUUCAAAAGAGGCUACGAAAAAGAUCAAUGGUUAUGUACAGAAGAAAACCCAUGGGAAAAUUCCGGAACUAGUCGGCUAUCUUGAUCCAAACACUAUAAUGGUUCUUGUUAACUACAUUUAUUUCAAAGCCUCCUGGGAAAAUCCUUUCGAUCCUUUCCACACCCUCGAGGAGGAUUUUUUGGUGGAUGAGAAAACCUCCGUUAAAGUCAGUAUGAUGCGCCGGGAUACCGACUAUGAAAGUCACUAUGAUAACCAGCUGUCGUGCUGGCUGGUGCAGAUACCGUACAAUGGAAAUGCCAAAGCGUUAUUUAUUCUGCCUGACGAAGGGAAGAUGAAGCAGUUGGAGGCUGCUCUCUUGAAAGAAACUGUGUGUAAAUGGGAGAAAUUACUUCAAAAAAGGAGUAUUAAUCUGUACAUUCCAAAGUUUUCUAUUUCGGGGUCCUACGAUGUGAAAGUCCUGUUUGAGAAAAUGGGUAUUACUGAUGUGUUUUCUAGCCAUGCUGAUCUGUCUGGAAUUGCUGGGACGUCCAACCUGCAUGUUUCAAAAGCUAUUCACAAGGCCGUGUUGAAUGUUCAUGAGAAUGGCACCGAGGCAGCAGCAGCCACUGCAAUAGUAGUUAGCAAACUUCUUCGUCCUUCAAUUACCAUUAAAUUCAACAGGCCCUUUGUGGUGAUGAUUGUUGAUAAAGCCACCCUCAGCACAAUCUUCAUGGGGAAAAUCGUCAACCCGACUAUAAAAUAA